AUGCAGGCUGGCGGAAUAGCCAAUGCGUCAACGGCCGGAAGGCCGAGCAGUGUGGUGUCGGUGUUGGCGUCCUCGGUCGCCGACGACGCCGAGAGGCUUAUCAUGAUCCGCCUGGCGGAGCUUGUUCGCGCUUACCGCACCCACGGCCACACUCAGGCUACGCUGGACCCGCUCUGCCUGCCACGCGAGCCGCCCUUCCACCGUUUCAACCCCAAGGACGUCGAGGUCUGGUUGGCGCCGGAAACGUACGGCCUAACGGAGGCUGACCUGGCCCGAACAAUCCCUUCGGGCUUGGUGCCCGGCCACAUGGGAAGCUCGGCGACCGUGGCGGAGUGCAUAUCUAACUUGCGCAAGAGCUACUGCGGUGACUUCACUGCGGAGUUCUCGCACCUGCCUGAGGAGGAGCAGCGGUUCUUCGUCGACAGGAUUGAGAGCCCAAGCGCCAUGAAUUUUACCAAAACGGAGCGCACGGAGUUCUUCCGGUCAGUGGCGAGCGCAGUCAUGUUCGAGCGGUUCUGCACCAAGGCCUUCCCGACUGUUAAGCGGUUCGGCGCCGACGGCCUUGAGUCCAUGGUGGUCUCGCUGGACGUCCUGUGCAGCCUGGCAGAGGCCUCGGGUGUCGAUUCGAUGCUGAUGGGAAUGUCGCACCGCGGCCGCCUCAACGUCUUGGUGAACAUUCUAAAGCGCCCGCUCGACGAAAUGUUCGCAGAGUUCCGCGGCAAAAACUGGUACGCGGACGAGGGCAGCGAAUACUGCGGCGACGUCAAGUACCACUUCGGCUACCGCAACCGCCGCGGAUCCCUGCGGCUCGAGAUGCUGCACAACCCCUCGCACCUGCAGUUCGUCCACCCCGUGGUCAUGGGACAGACCCGUGCGCGGCAGGUGGACAUGGGCCUGGACGCUCGCAAGGUGAUUCCGGUGGUUCUGCACGGCGACGCGGCGUUCAGUGGCGAGGGGAUAACCGCCGAGACGGUGCAGAUGUCACGGAUCCCCGAGUACGCGGUGGGUGGCAUGAUCAACAUAGUGGUCAACAACCAAAUCGGGUUCACCACCUACCCCGCCGGAGGCGCGUCGACUCGCUACACCACCGACCUGGCGAAGAUGGUCGAAUCGCCCGCGCUACACGCUAAUGCGCACAACGUGGAGGCCGUCGUGUUGGCCUCGCGUCUGGCCUACGAGUACCGUCAGCAGUUUGGCAAGGACGUGUUCCUGAACAUGGUCGGGUUCCGCAAGUUCGGACACAACGAACUCGACAUGCCAAAGUUCACCAACGCCGAGAUGUACGCGCGCGUCGAAAAGAAGGAGGACGUCUUGAUCGCGUAUCGCAAGUACCUGCUGGAGACCGGUGUGUUCACGGAGGCCGAGCUCGACGCCGUGGAGGGUGAAAUCCAGGCGGAAUUUGAGGCCGCGCUUAAACGGUCCAUUGAGGUAUCCACCAUUGCGCCGCCCCCCCAGGCCAAGGAGUGGAAGGCACCCGCCAUGACCUCGGCGGCCCCGGUGACCGGCGUGGAAUUGGCUCGCUUGACGGAGUUGGGCAAGGCAUUGAACGCCGUUCCCGAGGACUUCCAGCUGCACCCUGCUAUCCGCCGUAUUUUCAAGGAGCGCACGAAGGCGAUAGAAACGGGCUCCAACAUCGACACCGGCCUGGCUGAAGCCUUGGCCUACGCGUCGCUCGCACAGGAUGGGUUUCGCGUACGUUUGGUAGGGCAGGACACCAAGAGGGGCACUUUCUCGCACCGCCAUUCGUUCGUGCAGUGCCAAAAGACCUUCCGGCUUUUCAACAUCUUCUCGAAGGUGCCCAAAGGGGACCAGGUUGAGGUGUACAAUUCGCUGCUUUCGGAGACGGCUGCCAUGGGGUUCGAGUACGGCUACGGUCUCGAGAACCCGCGCAUUCUGAACAUGUGGGAGGCGCAGUUCGGCGACUUCGCGAACGUCGCGCAGGCUGUGACCGACGAAUAUGUAGUUAGCGGAGAGGCCAAAUGGGGGCAGCAGUCGGCCAUGUGUCUGCUGUUGCCGCACGGGUUCGAUGGGCAGGGUCCAGAUCACAGCUCAGCUCGUUUGGAGCGGUACCUGCAGCUCUCCAACGAGCCCGAGGACAUGCACGACUUCCUGUCGCUCGCCAACGACGAACACGCGAAGCGCGUCAACAUCGGCGUCAUCAACUGCACCCGUUCGAGCAACCUCUUCCACGCACUGCGCCGCCAGAUGCUUCGUGACUUCCACAAGCCGCUCAUUGUCAUGACCGGCAAGAAGCUGCUUAAACUGCGUGGCACCUACUGCAGCUUGGAGGAGUUCGGGCCGGCACAUGCAUUCAGGCCGGUAAUACCCGCAGAGGUUGCGGACGGGGCUGCCGUCGACACCCUGAUACUGUGCAGCGGGCAGGUGUACUUUGACCUUUCGGGUCGGGUGGCCGAGCUGGGCGUGCGCAAUAUCGCCGUGACCACGGUGGAGCAGCUCUGCCCAUUCCCCGUAGGCGCCAUCAAGACGGAAUUGGAGCGAUUCCCUAACCUCAAGCGGCUGGUGUGGUGCCAGGAGGAGCAUGCGAACGCUGGGGCGUGGAGCUACGCGUCUCCCCGUAUCGGCCACCUGUUGCGCCACAUCGGCUCCGACUUGCGACUCGAGUACGUUGGGCGCCCCCCGCUUGCGGCGCCGAGCUGUGGUGACGGAGCUACCCACGUCCUCGGGAUGCAGCGCGUUCUGGCCCAGGCAGUUCCCCAGCCGUAA